GGGUUGGACAAACCAGUCAGAUGAUGUGCAGCAAAGAAGACAAACCCUCAGCCUUUCUGCCGUUCACAUCAGCAGCUGAAGCUUCAGGGCGAUCUUAAUUCGACAGCCAUGAGCGAGUCCCUGGUCGUGUGCGACGUGGACGAAGGUCUGGUGAAAAAGCUGAGGGAGUUCCGUUUUCGAAAGGCGACCAACAACGCGGCCAUCAUCAUGAAGAUCGAUAAAGACCGACAGCUGGUCGUCCUGGACGAAGAACACGAGGAUAUUUCUCCUGAAGAGCUGAAAGAUGAACUUCCUGAGAGACAGCCCAGGUUUCUUGUCUACAGUUAUAAGUACGAACACGAUGACGGACGUGUGUCGUAUCCGCUCUGCUUCAUCUUCUCAAGUCCACUGGGCUGCAGACCGGAGCAGCAGAUGAUGUAUGCAGGCAGCAAGAACAAGCUGGUGCAAACAGCUGAACUGACCAAGGUGUUUGAGAUCCGAAACACGGAGGAUUUAACAGAAGAAUGGCUCAAAGAGAAACUUGGAUUCUUCCGUUAAAGUUACCCCCCCCCCCCCCCCCCCCCCGGGGUGGGGGGGGCGAGGAGGAUCCAGACUGCACAAACGCAAAUCAUUCUGGUCUCCACCCCCCACCCCCCGUGCAGACCUGCUUCAAACAGUCUUUGCAAAUUAAAACCCAAAAUGUUACCGUUCAGUGUACCAGAAGGUUCAAACAGUCUGACUGUCAACGACCACUUCACCACCCGGACCAAACAAACCCAACUGAACCAUCUGAACCACCAGGACCAAACAGACCCAACUGAACAUCUGACCAGUUGAACCAAACAGACCCAACUGAACAUCUGACCAGUUGAACCAAACAGACCCAACUGCAGACCCAACUGAACCAUCUACAGACCCAAUUGAACCUUCUGACCAAUUGAACCAAACAAACCCAACUGAACCAUUUGGACCAUCUGAACUCACGGGACCACCGGAACCAUCUGAACCAAACGGACCCAACUGAACCAUUUGGACCAUCCGAACUCACAAGACCAACUGAACCAACUGAACUAUCUGAACCAAACAGACCAAACUGAACUAUCUGAACCAAACAGACCAAACUGAACAUCUGACCAGUUGAACCAAACAGACCCAACUGAACAAUUUGAACCAAACUGAACCAUUGGAACCAACUGAACCAUUUGAACCAACUGAACCAAACAGACCAAACUGAACAUCUGACCAGUUGAACCAAACAGACCCAACUGAACCAUUUGAACCAUCUGAACCAGGCCCAGUGAGUUGCCUGAAGGUGUGCACACCCUGUUUGAGGCAGGUCUGCUUCACGUCAUCCUCUUCACGUGCCAGUGAUUCAUGAAUUUAGUUGUUUCUGUUCUCUUUUAAAAUGUUUACACAACUUUUUUAACAACUCAGAACCUCCUUACUUUAACCACUUUUACCUUUUUGAUUACUUUUGUUUUUCUUAACUUUAGAUGUUUUUGGUUUUGUGUCUGUACAUUAGAUUAAUGUAUGAAGUUUCUGUUUCCUAUCAGAACUUAAGAACUAUUCUAGCUACAACGCGGAGAACACUACUGAGGUCUGCUUUAGUCCUUCAGGACUUCCUGAAGGACAUUUAAAUUUAAGGUUAGUGAACCGUGAGAGGAUUCUCUCCUGCAUGAAGCGCAGUGUCAGCCCGACAGAGAACAUCUUAACGUCCAACACGCCCGUCAGGUGGGAGCGCAGCAGAACGUGUUCACACAGCUCCAGGUCUCGAGGCCCGUUCAUGCUCAGCGUUGAACAUCCGUCCUCUGCAUUCACGUUGUGCACACUUCAGUUCGCUGUCCGACAUGAAACCCAAACCCGCCGCCUCAACGGGGCCUGUGGGGUCAGUGUGGUGCAGGAGUAAGAACAAAAAAAACAUGUACGUCUCACACGAGAACCACGGAGGACUCUGUCCACGUGGUGCGAUGAGUGCGCUGCCUCUUUCUCCAAAUGUGCGUUAUCGUCUGAAAGUGACGUCGGAGCUCAGAUGUGACUCGGCACCGCCCUCUAGAGGAGGCGCUGCGUAACAUCCAGCGUAAAGCACACGAGUCGUACUUACAGUUUGACGACGUUUGAAAUGAACAAACGUGUUUAAAAUGAGCAUGAACGGACCUCACUGACGACUCUUCUAACUCUGAGAGGAAUCGAGGUACUUCUGAAUUAUUAGGGACGUUUGGGGCUUCACAGAUCUGAUCUGUUGUACUUGAUACUUUUUAAAGCGGAUCCUUCUGGACCAUGGGUUUGAUUUUUUUUUGUUUUGUUUUUUUUAGAGGAAACGAUGUGAAUCAUGUCUUAUAACUGAAGCUGUUUGUUACACACUGAUAACUUUCUGGGGAACAAUAAAAUCACAAAAACAUUCCAAAAUCCAACCUUUCUACUCGCAGUCGCUGUGGAGAGACGGUGACCCACGGGCCGCCGUCGCCUCCGUCUUUUUUAACCUGCGGCGCCGCUCGCUCUGCGCGGGUUUGUAGGAAUCGUUUCGUACUGUUCUAGUGUCGAUGAAUGUUGUGUGGUUUCUCUCGCGAAACGACGUUUUGAUCGCUCUGUGGUCAUCAGAACCUUCAGAGUGAAGAACUCUCUUUGCUGCACUUCACCUCAGUUUGUCUCGAUUUGCCAAAUUUAUCGCCUCGUUAAGCACAAAUUGAAACUCUUUGAUGAAAAUGUUCAUUUCUCUGGAACGUCUCCACAUUUUGUCCAGUUCCAACCACAAACUUCAAAAAUAAUUUAUUCAGACUUCUGCGAUACAAGUCUUUAAGGUUUGUCUCCAGCAGCUGUCCACAUCUGGAGACUUGUGUUUUGUCCCAUUCUUCUGUGUAAAGCAGCUGCAGCUCAGUCGGGUUGGAUGCAGGUUGGAUGCAGAGCGUCUGAUCUGCAGCUUUCAAGGUUCUCCACAGAUUCUACUGGAUUCAGGUCUGGACUUUGACUGGACCGUUCCAACACAUGAACAGUUAGUUCUGACCCAUUCCGUUGUAGAUCUGGGUGGAUGUCCUGCUGGAAGGUGGGCUAUAUUCCUGACCUGUCUGGUGUGUUCCUUGGUCUUCAUGAUGCUGUUAAAAACCUUGUAUUGCUGCCAUUCCACUUCACAGUUUAGCUCUAAAAUCUAAAUGAAAUACUUUAAAGUUUAUGUACCAAAAUGUCCAAACGUUGACCCAAACCCAGCUCUGAACAGACCCAGAACUAGCAGCUGAUUGUGGAGGGAGGUGUCAGGUGCUCGGUCAGACUCUCACCGGACCCAAAGCGUCAGAACCUUAACAUGCAUGAAGUCCAGAACCGGCUCGUCCGACGUUUGAAAUAAUUUCUGUUUGGAAUCUUGAGACGUACCGACACGACAAACGGUCGACCACAUUGUGUAACUUUAUUCAGUUUAUUCUCAUCCAGGAGCUCAGCGUCCUUUCAGAGCCGCCCCGCUGAACUUUAGAACGAUCGGCCUCGUCACAUUUCCACGGCAGGACGAACGAGUCGAGACUGAAACCAGACUUCCACGCCUGAGGCGACAAAGUUCAUGCUCAAUCAUCCAGGUAUCAAAUUCAAUAAUUCUCAGUCAGGUCAUCUGGACAGUCGCUCCGCAGAAACCAUCCAGGAGGGAGCUCCUGACGUCAGUCCGUCCUUUCAGUCAGCAUUAAUCACCAACUGGAAAGUUCCUGGAGAAACUGACGGGGACUGCCACGUCGCAGACAUUCUUAGUUAUUGAGUUGACAGCACUAAUUGUUGGGGUUCGCGCUCAGCUACCACCACACCAAAUUUCAGCUCAAUAUGGCAACAAACAAAAAAAUCAAGUUAAAGUCAUUUUUUCUUUUAAGCUAUGGUGGCCAUCUUGAAUUUUUUAUUUGGAUUCAAUAUGCGACGGGGGAGGUUUUCAGUUAUAACCACACCAACUUUCAACUCUGUAAAAAUAGCUGAGCUAAAUCCAUUUAAAUUUAGCUUUGGCGACCAUCUUGAAUUUUUUAAAUUUAUUAUUUAUUGGGCAUUGCCCUCAGCUACUGCUACACCAAAUUUCAGCUUAAUAUCUCUACAAAUGACUGGUUUACAGUAUUUUUUCUUUUUAGCUCAGGCAGCCAGCUUGGAUAUUUGAUUUGCAGCCAGAGGCUGUGAAAAAUGACUAAUAAAAAUUACAUCUUUGCAAUUUAUGUCGCCAUGGUAACUCGAAAUGCCAGAAAAAGUAAUGGCACACAUCAUGGUGCUGAGCCGGUCGUUUUGACACAACAUUUGUGGGGAUGCACGUUGCAGUUCGAGUUGACGAAAGAGUAAGAUAUAAAGUUAAGAAACCCUUGUCAGGUGGAUAAUAAUAGGUGCUGCCUUCAGGCAGUCUCCAAUAAUUUACACCGGAGGUUUCAAGAUGAGAGAAGAGCACCAACUGUGAUAAGAUCAGCGGUUUUAUUUGACCUUCAACUGGUCUGCGUCUUUAUGGAAUCUCAUUUUUAGUCUGGUCCAAAACUAAUUCAGUGAACGAGUACGAGCUCAGAAGAUUUACUCCACCAGAGUUUCAUCAGUGAGCGUCACAAGCUCCACUCCAGAAGGUCUGAACGUUGUAUAAAAACGUGAACGCAAUCCAAGUGAAUAAUCUGCAGAUCUCCGUUUUAUUUCCAGCAUGUCAAGUUUAAACAGAAUUGGUGCCGUUUGUAGGGAAAAUAAUGUAAUUUGGAGGAGUUUACUUCAACCGUGAUGGAGCAGAUGUUUCAGCUGAUUCUGCUGUGAAGCCACCGUCUUGCUGAAAUAUGCAAAGCUUUCCCUGAUUAAAAACAAACAAACGUGAAUGAGAGCAGAUGUUUAGAUACUUUUCUGCAUUGAUGGAGCCUUUCAGGAUGUGUCAGCUGCCCCUGCUAGAGCCACUAAUGCACCCCCAUACCAUCAGCAAAGCAGGCUCUUGAACCGCUACCAUCUUUACUUCUGAGAGUAAAAGUAAAAUAUGAGUUUAAUUUUUUUUUUCCAAGCCUGUGCAUGCUGCGUGUUUACUUUUUUUAAUUUUACAAUGUUCCAACAUUUUGGAGUUGGAGUUGUACAUUCGUGUUUACAGCAUUCAAUAAUAAAUAACAAACAUUUUAUAAGACAUUUAUUUAAAACAUUUAACAUCUGAAUGAAUAAGGUGGAAGAGUUUUCUCAGUAACUGCAGACUUGUUCACUUAUUAUUUAUGCAGUCGUUCAGUUUGAAUCCUUGUUUUUUAGUCCAGAUUUCUCUCAUUUAUUUUUUUUAUGCCCUCAUGUCCAGAAUCUGAACCCUUCCACCUUCAGCGGCACCACGUCUUUAUCUUCAAGGUUAUUUAGGUCUAAAGUUCGUCUCGGUUCGUUGAACCUGCUCCACGGUGCAGGUCCCAGGUGAGAGUCUGAACAGUUUCUAUAAAGAAAUCACUGAUUGUGGUUUUCUACGUGCGAUUAAACGCAGCUACCGUUCACGUGUCUGGGUUUGGAGCCGUACGUGUGCUUCUGUCCUGUGGUGUUUAUAUUCGUGUAGAAGUGUCCUCGCUGUCUUUUUACUAAAAACAACAGAAGCUUCUACAGCCGGCUGUCUCGCAGUGAAACGUGGCCUGUUUGUAUAAAAGUGUCCGUCCUGUUGUCUAAAUAAAUGCAGUGAUGUGAAC